AUGUCUGACAGCAGGGCAAAAGGUCUGCACUAUACAGUCAAGGACCGCCGAUCGGGAUAUGCCUGCCUAAUUUGUGGGCUGGCUGGGGAUAUCAGGAUGAUUCGGUCAGAGGAGUGCCUUCCGGGAAAGGUUCCUGAAUCAAAGAUGGCUAUGAGCCCGACCACCAAAGGCAUCAUGCAACAAACCCAAAUCGAAGCCGAUGAGAAGAUCGCUCUGGAGAUGGCUAGGGAGCUUGAACAGCUUCAGGCCGAGGCCGUCGAGCUAGAACAGAUGAAGAUACUACAGGAUUUGGAGAUGGAAGAACUUGAGUUACAAGGUUUGCUUCAACAGCAGAAGGCUCUGGCCUUGCAACAGGCUGCUGCUUCAGCAGGACUUAUCGUGCCGAAAGAUGACAAGGUCAGCCGUGCUCCCACAGGAAUGGGAGUUCUUGCAACUGCAGCGGUGAGCGCCGAAGCACCGAACCUCGAAAGCCCUGAAGUCCGAGCAACCGCAGCAGUGCACUCCGAAGUCAAGGCAGCCACAGCAGCGAACCCCGAAGUCAAGGCAGCUACAGCAGUGAUCCCUGAAGUCCGAGCAACCACAGCGAGGAACCCUGAUGAAGUCCUAGCAACCAAAGCAGUGAACCCUGAUGAAGUCCUAGCAACCACAGCAGUGAACCCCGAAGUCCCGGCAACCGUAGCAGUGAACCCCGAAGUCCUGGCAACCGCAGCAGUGAACCCCGAAGUUUCGGCAACCGCAGCAGUGAGCCCCGAAGUCCCGGCAAAGGCAGCAGUGAACCCCGAAGUCCUGGCAACCGCAGCAGUGAACCCCGAAGUCCAAGCCUGUGCUGCCAAAGUGGAGUUGGGAGCAGCUCCAGCAUCCACCGCGAUCGCUUGCAUUGAUAACUUGGAGACGCAGCCAAUGGAGCUAGCCCCCAUCGCUGCUACCAUGGUUGAUGUGCCUAAAGUCGAAGACUCAGCAGUGCCACUCGCAGAGCCCGGUUCUGGAAAGGACGAGGCUGAGGAUGCGCCGUCUACGUGUCCUGUCAAGCGGCUGCCUGCUAUCACUCCAGCCGAUCAGUCGAAGAUGGCAGGUGUAGCCCCGAAGAAGCGUGCGAGGGCCAAGAAGGCCGUGGGCGAGGACGGGGCCGUGGAGGGCGAGGUAGGGGCCGUACGGGAGGCCGUACGGGUGGCCGUGGAGGUGGGGCAAAGGGUGCGGGUCGUGGCCGUGGCCGUGGAAUCCAGCAAGAGAGGCCACGAGGAUGGAGAGACGGGGGCGCCAAGCAAAAAGAAGGCCAACCAAAAGGACGCAGAGGAGAAGCCAGCCACAAAGCCCAAAGCAAAGGGAAAAGCCAAGGCCAAGGCCAAGGCCGUGGCCACCCCAAAGGCAGGUGCGAAAUCCAAGAAGGCGCCAAUGGAGGAUGAGGAGAAUGGGCCAGCCAAGGAGCCGGUGGAAAACAGUAAGGCCAACAAAAAGGGGCCGAGUGACGAGGAAAAGAAGCGAAGAUCCCGCAAGAGUGUGGCUUAUCACAAGGCCAAAGUGACAACGCUUCGGGAGGGAGGCACCCCGGAGGAAGCAGUGGCAGCUGCCAAGGCUGCUACUAAGAUGCAAUAUCGUAUGAUCAUGACCAUGCCUACAUGCAUAUCGAGAUACCGCCUGAAUCCAGCCUGGAUGACCGAUGACAGUUUCGUGGAGCCAGUCUUUUGGUCCUGCCUUUGUCGGGUUUUGGCAUGCAAUGCAUGCCCCGGGGACACGAUGUUAUCAGACUUCGGAUGCCUCGUGGCCCACCUCGCUUUGCUGCCCAAGCAGAAGGCUGGCGAGUUCGCGCCAACAUUCAAGGUUUUGCUGAUUCGUUGGAUGACGAACAUGGCCAUUCAGCCACGGUUCCAGCUCUUCGACUUGUUCUGUGGACAGGGUAACCUGUCCAAAUACUGGAAAGAGGCAGGCUAUCCGGUGGCCAGCUAUGACAAACUCUUUGGCCCUUCAAUGGACAUGCUCACCAACUCCGGCUUUGUGCACAUCGACAAGUCCGGCAAGUCCCGCUUCACUGGCAAGAGCCAGGAGUUGAAACAGUCCGGGUUCCGAGAUCUACGUGUGAGAAGGAAAGUUCAUGGGCUGCUCACAGACAGGGAACUGUUCGAGGGCAUGCCGCUCUCCGAUACAUGGAUGGACUCUGGAAUCCAUGAGGUUAUCCUGUACUUGUACAAGUCGAGUUAUCUGAAGAUCCCGGAUAGCUGGUUGUCCGUCAUGGACAAGUUUAUCGAGGAGUUGAAGAACUGUGCGUGCGGGACGGCCUCGCUCCGGGAAGAGCUUCGACAAGCGGAGCAGGAAGCCAGGCAGCCGAGUACGUUGCUUGAUCCGCCUGCCGUCCCAGGUGCCCCAGCAACAGCUUUGUCUUUGACGGAGGAUGUGGCUGGAAAGAGUAUUCGGAAUCUUGGUAGCUUCAAAGCGAGCAGCGAAGAUGCUCAGCGUGAUCCCCUCUACCACGCCGAUAGCAAUGCGACCCUGGUACUUCCCGGGCCAAAGUCUCCUGAAACCUCGCCCAAGCCCCUGAUCACUGUCGAGCCGACCAAGACCCCUAAGAAAGAGAGGGGUCGUUCCCGCCACCACCACAGCCACCGCCGCAAGCGCCACGGUGAUCGGUCGAGUUGCAAGAAGAAGCUUUUGGUUUCCCCGGUGCCUCCUUCGAAGUCGAAGACUGACCCGCCCAGCGAUGAUGCAAGCAGUGAUGGUGUGACGUCCAAGUGCAGUACUGUGCGGUUGCGGCGGUACUUCCAGCCCCGAUCCAACGGAAACCUCAAGUGCUCCAAGGAGGCCCUCGAACUUUACUCGACAGAGCCUCCAAUCAUCCGCGAUCAUGAGCAGCAACAAGGAAAGAAGCUCCACCAGAUCCUCAAAGACAAGGGCGACUUCAAGCUUCUUGAAAUGGCCGUGAAAAAGGUUCACCGCAAGAUGUUUGGCCAGACCAAAAGCGGUGGCUGGUACACCAAACAUGCUUUGCAGAACCAGUUCCACUGGCAAAUGAUUGCUGCGGCAUGGCAGUGGGCCAGUGCUCACGGAAACUUGAGGGUGAACGAGGUUCACAAGGAGGAGGAGGCCCGAUUGGUUCUUUCGGACAACUUUGAGUUGUUGGACGAAAGCGGACAAGAAAUCACGAUGAGCGGCACUCUCGAGAUGGAGGACGAGUCCGGCUUCCUUAUGGAGGAUGACCUGCCGUCGAUGAGUGGCCCGACCGCCGCCAUCCUGAGCCACCCAGCCUCCUCUUCGGAUGGACAUGAGAAUGUGGUUUCGGGCCAGGCUGCUUCCUUCAAGAUGGUAUUCCCGACACUGGCCCAGAAUGCAUCCCCUGUGUCUAUUCUGGCGAGCUUCAUCGAUGUCUGCGGCCGGAAGAUGGACCAGUCAGAUGAAGUUCUGGACCGGUUGGAAUCAUGCAUACUGCUUGUUUGUCGGGUAUUCGAUCAAGACAAGCUGCUCAAGCUUGGCAACGACCGAGCCACAGCGCUUCAUGAUCAAAUCAAGAAUAUGGUGGACGAGCUGAAGCUGGCCUACAAAGCCCUGACCCUGAAGCAAGCUGACAGUGUCGUGACAGUGCCCGACCAGGCCUUCAACAAUGAGCUUCUUCGGAUCUACGCAGACAUCACCAAGAAAGAUGUGCUCUUGAAUAACUUCAUCCUACGCGCUCGGCCGAUGGUGAAGGCGGUGAAGCCGUCCAAGAACAAGGCUCCUGCAGCGAGCAAGGCCAAGGAUGGCAAGAAGGACAAAAAAUCCAAAAAGGAGAAGAAGGAGAAGAAGACUGACCCCAAAGGCGGUCCCAAGAGUAAGAAGGCCAAGACCGAAGCCUAG